AUGGAAGACACCGAGUCCUUCACGCUCCUCCCCAUCCACCUGGACCCCAAAAGCAAAGCCCUCUCCACGACCUCGAACUCCAAGCGCCUCCGCGACGAACUCGAAUCCCUCAACGCCCUCCACACCGCCUUCCUCUCGCUCGAGACGCCCGCCCCGCUCCCCCCCGUCCCCGUCAACCCAAAGCGCAGCGCGCAGAUCACCAAGCUCCGCGAGAGUGCCAAUGCCGCAUACCGCUCUGCGAACUACCCGUCCGCGAUACAGCUGUACACUCUCGGGCUGGAUAUGGCGCUGAAGCGCCCGGAGUGGGAGCCCUCGGGACUCGUGCGCGAUGAGGUCGCGGGGCUGUUGGCGAAUAGGGCACAGGCGCAUAUGGCGCUGCGCAGCUGGCCGGAGGGAUGGAAAGAUGCGGAGGCCAGUGUGGAGGCGAAGAAGGUGGGGAAUGCUAAGGCAUGGUGGAGAGGGGGGAGAUGUCUGGCGGAGAUGAGCAGGUGGGAGGAGGCAAAGGAGUGGGUUGGAAGGGGGUUGGAGGUUGAGGGGAAGGAGGCGGAAUUAGUUGGGCUGCUGAAGGAGAUUGAGGGGAGGGUUGUGGGAACGGUGAAGCCAUAG